AUGAUGCAAAGCUCAGCACUCACUACGGAAGGUUCUGUCAAGGGGCUUCCAGAAAUUCUUGGUGUGCCAAUGCAACAGAUUCCCCAGUGUGCCGGCUGCAACCAGCACAUCCUUGAUAAGUUCAUCCUGAAAGUCCUCGACCGGCACUGGCACGGCUCUUGCCUCAAGUGUGCAGAUUGCCAAAUGCAGCUGGCAGACCGCUGCUUCUCCAGAGCUGGGAGUGUCUAUUGCAAAGAAGAUUUCUUCAAGCGUUUUGGAACAAAAUGCACAGCAUGCCAGCAGGGAAUCCCACCCACUCAGGUGGUCAGGAAAGCCCAGGACUUUGUUUAUCACCUGCACUGCUUUGCCUGCAUUAUUUGUAAUCGCCAACUGGCCACAGGUGAUGAGUUCUACCUCAUGGAAGAUGGGCGCCUGGUAUGCAAGGAGGACUAUGAGACAGCUAAGCAGAACGAUGAUUCAGAAGCUGGAGCUAAAAGGCCCCGAACCACCAUCACAGCCAAACAGUUGGAAACAUUAAAAAAUGCCUAUAAAAACUCCCCUAAACCAGCCAGGCACGUGCGGGAGCAGCUGUCCUCUGAGACAGGAUUGGAUAUGCGUGUUGUACAGGUCUGGUUUCAAAACAGAAGGGCCAAAGAAAAACGCCUGAAGAAAGAUGCUGGAAGGCACCGCUGGGGUCAGUUCUACAAGAGUGUAAAGAGGAACCGAGGCGGCAGUAAACAUGAAAAAGAGAGUUCCGCGGAGGACUGUGGCGUUAGUGAUAGUGAGCUGAGUUUCAGAGAAGACCAAAUCCUCUCAGAGCUUGGCCACAACAGAAUUUACAGCAGUGCUGGCGAGGUGGCUGGUGGACAGUUAAUGAACAGUACUUUCUCCAUGGACGGGACAGGACAAUCCUAUCAGGACUUGAGGGAUGGAAGCCCUUAUGGAAUCCCCCAGUCUCCAGCCUCCAUAUCAUCUCUUCCAUCGCACACCCCACUGCUAAAUGGUCUGGAUUACACAAUGGACAAUAAUUUAGGAAUAAUAGCACAUGGAGGGCAGGGGGUAAGCCAGACACUCAGAGCUAUGGCUGGUGGCCCAACCUCUGAUAUUUCUACUGGAAGCAGUGUUGGUUAUCCAGACUUUCCAACAAGCCCUGCCUCUUGGCUUGAUGAAAUGGAUCAUCCUCCUUUUUAAAGAAUCAUACUAAUUGCCCUAUUCCCACUUGCUUCUUUGGCCUGAAACCAUUCUAAAAACCCAAUGAGAGACAGCAGUCAAACUUCAAGGACCACAGAUGUGCCAUCCCAUAAAAGUUUCCAUUAUUUUAGAAUGGGAAUACAUUAUUUGUUUCCUGUAGAGCUAAAAGAAACUAUGGUGUGUGUGUGUAUGUGUGUAUAUAUACACACACACAUAUAUAUUUGCGUUCUUUUUGAAGAAGUGGGACAAUAGGUAAAGCUGCUUUUGAAUACAGCACAUUGGUGUGUAAAGCAUUUGUAUGACUUUGGGUUGGGGUAGGGUGGGCAACCAGCAGUAGCAAACACAAAUCCACUGACUCCAUAGACUUUUACUGUUAAAUGCGACACUAGCACAUACUGAAAUGAUUAGACACAUCUUUUGGCCUUUGGUGACUCCACAUCAGUGUCCAUGCAGCAUGAACAUUGUUUUUUGUUUGCUCAUUUGUAGAGAACUAAAGUAUGGAAAUACACUAUUUCUAAACUCAUGCCUCCUAAGACUGACUACUAAAGAGACAGAAUGCCAGUGGGAUUUUGCUUUUUCAUUCCUACUUUUCCAUACGUUGCAGCUCUGUAUUUAGGUUGGAUAUUUCAUGAAGAAGUGGCAUAUCUUUGCCUUACUUGAAAGUAACAGUAAGCAGCUAGAUGUGCUAGUGUUCCUUAUUUAGCCUUUGAACAUCUGCAGCCUUUGAGCAUCUAUCUUCUCUUAAUAUCAUAAUGGAGUUGUUGCUUCCCAACUUAACUGCUAUCCUAACUUCCUAGGAUGCAGUAGCCACAGCAGGGCAGACAGAGUUGUAUCCCACUAGAUUCCAGCCCUGUCAGAGUUACCAACCACAGUAAAGUCAGUUUUUGAUCUGGAGGAUAAGUCAGUAUGAUUAUAACUAAUUGGAUAAUCUGCUAUAUGGUGUGGUGGACAAGAUGAAAAAUGAAACAUGCACAAGUGACAGAACCCUCACCAUGAUCUUCUUGGUAAAUGGGGGCAUAGCAAAACCACAAUUCUCUUUAUUUUGGAUUGAACAUUGUAAUAACCAGUAAGCCCAGCAACAGCAGGCCCAAUUUCAUCAGGAUACUUCAUUCUCCUUUCAUGGGAAGUGCAAACAAAACAAAACACCCAAUAAACUUUUUCAAGUUAUUGAGCUUGCAGUAAUUCCCAUCAGCCGUGAAGAGAUACACUGGGGGGCAGGGAGGGUGUUUUGAGGCAUUCAACCCCCCUCCAAUGAUGCUAGCUUUUGACUCAGAUGAGCUACUAGGCUAUGGUCUGCAUACAGGUCAAGCACAAGGCAUAUUGUUUCUGCUAAGAAAGGAAAGAAUGUAUUAGUUUUUAUGAAAUGGACUUCUUGGGCAAUGCCAAUAACUGUGUAUGAAGUACUGUGUGGCAGACUUCUGCGCUGCCUUGCUAUUUCAGCCCAUCGUACAAUAGGGCACUACAGCCAGUUAUAAUGUCAUCAUUACUAUGCUGCUGCACAAGACUUUCCUAGCAACCUAUGUGUUUCCUCCUACCAGCUUCUGAGAGAGAAAUGCAACAAUAAUCUGAUGAACCAUUUUUAGGAGAUUAAAAAUUGUUUAAAGGUCAUUCACCAAUGAAAUCUUUAUGGGCUAGGUACAAAUAUAGAAGACAUGGAAGGAAAAGGAUCAUGACAAUCAUGUGAAGCAAAACAUUAGCUAGAAUGUCAAGGGCUUUCACAGCUCUUAGAUCAGGAACAUUAAAGUUUUUACUGAGGCAGCUAUGUGAACAGCAUUAGAUUUUUUGUUUGAGAGUCACCAACACUCUGAGUCUCUGACGCCUAGACCUUGUCCUUAGGGACAUUGUCCUUGAAGCUGAUAUACAAUGCUGCUUCUUGAGAAUCACAGAAGGAUUCAGUCUCAAUGCAAAGGCAGGGAAUAUCAGUCCUGAAGUACAUGCAUCAGCCACCCUCAGAAAUAGGAAAAUAGGAUUGACCUGAGCCUUGUUCUCACUGCUUAAGGAGGCUCCAUUCUCUGUCUGUCUCUCUCUAGUCCUUACAAAAGCAAAAUUACCAAACUAACAAUACUACUUUCAAUAUAUCUGUGAAAAGUGUCUCCAUGGAUUAAACAUCAGACAAACCACUGUCUGUAGAAGGGAAUAUGGCCCCUCAGUCUAUUCUACUGGUGGAAGCAUUUCCAUCAGCAGAUGUCCUCUGUUGAG